AUGUCUGCCAGAGAUCGUGUAACGGAGUUGUUAUUGAAGAAUGUGAAAUGUUUUCUCUGUCUAGAACCGUUUGAGGACCCAAGACUGUUAGACUGUUGUCAUUCAUUUUGCUUGGAUUGUCUAGAAGCAUAUAUUGAAACAUUUGAGGAGACACACAUCGAAUGUCCGCUAUGUAAUAAAAAAACGGAAAGACCAAAAAAUGUGAAAGAUCUAAAAAAGAAUAUUUAUAUUGACUUUGCUGCUGUUAAAUUUGGCACUCAAUGUUCAAUUUGUGGCGAGAGGGAAUUUGCAAAAUCUCACUGUAUUGAAUGUGACCAAGAUUUCUGUAGAAGUUGUAUUAGAUCACAUGGUGGAAUCACCACCACUAGGGAGCACCAUCUGGUCGAUUUCGAUAAGCAACGGAAACCUGGAAGAGUAUCAAGGGAUCUAUUUUGUAAAGUUCACCCUGAGGAGAAAAUGGUAUAUUACUGUGUUGAAUGUAAUCAACUUAUUUGCAAACACUGUAAUUUAACAGUUCAUAAAAAUCAUGCCUCUAAACACGCAUCGGAAGUAGCAUCUAAAUUGAGAAACAAACUAAAAAGGAAAUCAGAACACGGAGAACAUAAGAACUAUCUCGUUUGGCUAGCAGAGAGAAGAGAAAUGUUCAACAAUGAAAUAGAAAAGAAUAGAAAAUGCGAAAAACGCACCGUAAAGAAAGUAACAGAAAUGGCAGACCAAGUUAUAGCAAUAGUCGAGGAAAUAAAAAAUAUACUCCUUAAGAGAACACGUGACAUAACAAAGAAACAAACCCAACCAUUAAAGCAGAAGAUGGAGGUUUUUGAAAAGUACAUCCUAUCAUUCGCUGAGCUCUUACUUCAUUCGCGCAAUCUUUACGAGAAAGCAGAUGAUAUUGAAAUCGUAAAUACAUGUGAUCACCUUACUAGAUCUCUCGAGAGUUUAAAACAUCAAAAAGAUGACGCUCAGUUUAAAUUAUCUCAUAUUCAUGAAUAUCCAGUAUUCAAACCAGGAAAAGCAACGGCCGAUCAACUUCUACCUUUUUUCGGAGAUGUUCAUGUGGGCGAUGGGCUCGACGAUGAAACAAACCUAACAAUAUAUGACUUUUAUACCGAGAAAAGCACUACCAUUUUAUCAAUGAUUCCAUUGGAAGAUGAGAGGAUAUGGGUGAUAGACGGAGAAGGUGAUAUGAAACUGUAUGACUCUUCUGGUCGAGUCCAUAAGCAGGUCAGUGUGGGAAUUCAAGCCGACGAUAUCAUUUCUACAGAACAACACAUCAUCAUAAGUGGAAACGCGUCAAAGAUGGUUAAAGUGUUUGACAGAGAUAUAAAAGAAGUUGCUUCUAUUAACACAGAGCUUUGCUGUCGUGGUGUGGCUGUUGAUCAAAAUGAUGACUCAAUAUACGUAUGCUUGACGGAGAAAAAUGCUUUCUUUGAUCAUGAUUCCACACACGGUAAUAAAAUUGUUCGUAUCAUGCCGAUAGGAGGCAGGUAUGAAAUCCCCGAUGUUCAAAUAUAUGCUGGUAAUCCAACGGUUGAAUAUCCUGCCAGAGUUGUGAUUAAAAACGAUGGCUUGGUAGCUGUCUCUGACUGGAAACGAAACUGUUUGACAAUUUUGAACAAAUUAGGAUAUGUUGAAAAGCAGUAUUUCUUUGCUGGAAUUGAUAACAAGAAGGAUAAAAUAUGUCCUCGUGGUAUUUGCACUGAUCAAAAUGGAUGUUUGUAUUUAGCAGAUUAUUUGAACAGUAGAAUUCUAAAAAUGCAGGAUAACGACAACGAGUUACAUGAGGUACUGACAACCAAUGAUGGCAUUUAUAAACCUUGGUCGAUUGCGAUAAGUCGCGAUGGUCUUUUGUGGAUAGGUAGCAAAGACGGCAAAAUAAGUGUUCAUUAUUUUAAACACCCGGACCAUGCUUUCUACGAGUAA